CAUUGUUUGUCUCUGCUCGCUGCUGCCUGCGUUGACAUUAAGCCGUGUAGUUCCUGCUCGUUGGACAUUUGGAUCUGACAGAUGAUGGCUGGGAGGGUUUUAACGCGGUUUGUGAACAGGAGUUUGCUGGAAGUUGCAGUCGGCGCUAAAGGCGGAAGGAUCAGGGGGUCGAACCGCUUUUUCCGGACAAGUGCCAGCUGGAUAGUCGGUGCUCUUGGUAGUAGAAGAGCAGCAUUCUUGCUGGGGCUCCCUGUACUGUCUGGUCUAAGUUACCAAGCUCUCCGUAAGCUGCAGAGUUCAGCCGUGGUCUGCGCUUUAAAUAAAGAUGAGGUCCUGGAGCACGCAGACUACCUGUACAGCUGCGCAGACACAGAGAAGCUCUACCAGCUGCUGCUGCAGUACAAGGACAGCGAGGAUGCAGAGUUCCUGUGGAGGCUGGCCCGGGCGUCUCGGGACCUGUCGCUCCUGCCCGACACAGACACCGGGAGGAAGAAGCAGUUGACGUUUGAGGCCUUUGAAUAUGCAAAGCGGGCUCUGGAGAGAGACGACAAAUGUUUUGCUGCACACAAAUGGUACGCCAUUUGCCUCAGCGACACCGGGGAAUUUGAGGGAGUCAAGGUUAAAAUUGGAAAUUCAUACAUCAUCCGGGAGCAUCUGGAGAGGUCUAUUGAGCUUAACCCUAAAGAUGCCACAUCCUUACACAUUCUAGGUUACUGGUGUUUUGCUUUUGCCGAGUUGCCGUGGUAUCAGCGCAAAGUGGCCGCUGUAAUUUUCUCAACACCGCCUACAUCUACGUUCGAGGAGGCUUUGGAGUUCUUCCUAAAGGCCGAGAAAGUCGACCCAAACUUCUACAGCAAAAACCUCCUGAUGUUGGGAAAGACCUACAUCGCCAUGAAAGACAAGGAGAAAGCUAUUCACUGGCUUACCAGAGCUAAAGAGUAUCCCAUUCACACACUGGAAGACAAAGAGGUCCACAAAGAGGCAGUGGAGCUCCUGAAUCAGCUCUGAUGACCUUCUGUCCACCUCUGCUCCGCGUGCCACAGGAGGCCUUUGGACUCGAACCGAGACAACAAAUGAAGAAUCCCAAUAGGAUAUAUUGGUAUAUUAGUUGCUUCACUGGGACUCAAAGCAAUAAAGACAAAAAAAACCCCC